GCGUCGUGGCCCAUGGAUUCAAGAUGGCGGACACGGUGUCCAGCGGCUCGGGCACGAGAUCAGGAGGCAAACACUCAACAACCCCCGCAGACAACUAUUACUUGGCUCGGAGAAGGACUCUGCAAGUUGUGGUCAGCUCCUUGCUGACCGAGGCUGGGUUUGAGAGUGCUGAAAAGGCAGCAGUGGAAACCCUGACAGAGAUGUUACAGAGCUAUGUGUCAGAAAUAGGAAGGAGCGCCAAGUCCUACUGUGAGCACACAGCAAGAACUCAGCCAACCCUUUCGGAUAUUGUCGUUACCUUAGUCGAAAUGGGGUUCAAUGUAGAAACUCUCCCUGCAUAUGCCAAGCGCUCCCAGCGGAUGGUCAUCACUGCACCACCUGUGACAAAUCAGCCCGUGACUCCCAAAGCCCUGACGGCUGGACAGAACAAACCCCAUCCAUCCCACAUCCCUGGCCAUUUUCCUGAGUUCCCGGAUCCUCACACCUACAUCAAAACUCCGACAUACCGGGAGCCAGUUUCAGAUUACCAGAUACUACGGGAAAAGGCAGCCUCGCAGAGGCGUGAUGUGGAAAGAGCUCUGACUCGCUUCAUGGCAAAGACAGGGGAGACGCAGAGUCUCUUCAAGGAUGAUGUCAGCACAUUCCCACUGAUUGCUGCCAGGCCUUUCACAAUACCAUACCUGACUGCGCUUCUCCCCUCUGAGCUGGAGAUGCAGCAGAUGGAGGAAACAGAUUCAUCUGAGCAAGAUGACCAGACGGACACGGAGAACCUCCCCCUCCAUAUGAGCACGGAUGAUUCGGGGGCUGAGAAAGAGAAUGCUUCAGUGCUACAGCAAAACGCAUCCCUGUCCGGCAGCCGCAAUGGAGAGGAGAGCCUAAUAGACAAUCCCUACCUCCGGCCAGUGAAAAAACCCAAGAUUCGCAGGAAGAAGUGAGCUGCAGCAAGCUGACUGCAUGGAGGAAGAGGAGGCCCGCUGGCUGUCCCAUGGAGGUUUCCUUUGCUGCUGUGAGUGGUGCAGGACAAAAAGGGGAGAGACUGCUGGUGGAGUGGCUGAAGCAGAGAGAUGACCUCCUGUACAUACCAAAUGACACUCUUUCCCUCCCUCCCCCACUCCCUCUUCUCUCACUAGCUUGGCAUAGUCAGUAGGGAAGGGGCAUGGAAACCACCAGUCCUCACACUGGAAUCAGCCCAUCUAUCCAGAGAAGACUGAGCUGCAGCUGUGACAUUCCUCCUCUUCAUGGGAUGGAUUUAUUCUGUAAGGAGGAGGCACACAGAAGGGUUUUCACUGGUUAACGCUUCCCAGUGGACCGUUCAGAACGGACUAUGUGCUUGCACAGGCAGGUGGAGUCCUCGUCUAGAUUCAAAGAAUGACUUGUCCAUUCCACUCUGCCUGUUUGCAUUGGUGUGCACAGGAUUCACACCAUGGUCCCUUGUUAACUCUGAUCUCUAUUUGAACCAGAGAUUGGCUUGAGCUGCUGCGCAGAGCUCCAUAUCUUAAACUUCCCUGGAGUUUGAGGUUGUCCAGAGCUAGGGGUCCUACCAUGAAAUCCAGACCCAGAUCCAAACUUUCCCAAAGUUGCUGAAUAUUCAAGAGUUGUUGGUGUUUUGGUUUGCAGAGUUCUGCAUGUAUAUCAGGGUCAUGAGGAAGACUGCCCAAGUACGGCACUUGUGUUUAAAUGUGGAGGUGCAGAAAAUGUUGCCACUAUUUUUUAAAGUGCAUUUAUAGUCAGAAAAUUAACUGUGGUCCCCUUCUUACUCAACAGAUCUGUCAGAAUCGUUCCCUCCUAAUUAAUAGAUCAGCUUCUUGUGUA